AUGCCCCCGCCCGGGGGAUUCGAGGCGAUCAAGUACAAGCGCAAUCUCCCGCUGCGCGGGCCCAGUGGACUGGUCAUCCUCGGCGGCGUGACGGCUGUAUGCGCGUACGGCUUCUACCGCGUCGGAAAGGGCAAUCUCGAGAGAAGGGAGUUGCAGAGGGAAAAGAUUUGGUCACGCAUCCACCUGGUGCCGCUGCUACUUGCCGAGGGUGACCGUGACGCGUAUCGUCGCCAGCAGGCGGCGUUGGAGAGGGAGAAGGAAAUCAUGAAGGACGUGCCGGGGUGGGAGGCGGGCAAAAGUGUCUACAACAACCCAAGGUACCGGUCUGCGGAGUGGGUUGUGGUUCUCUGA